CCCCGCCCGGCGGACAGACGUCGCAGCGUCAGCACCCAGGCAUGAAUCACCAAGCAAGGUGUCGCCACACCGCCCAUGACGUCACCGAGCGUCUGUCCUGCUGGUUUGGCCGCAUAUGCUGGGGCUUCAGCGUCGCUCAGGUGUCAAAGGGGACUUGGGUUUCAUCAGUACCUGAAAUCAGCAGCUACGUUUCACAAAGGCAAAAAUGAAAAAAAUCAUUGUUGGAAUUGGAGGCAUGACAAAUGGUGGAAAAACCACAAUUGCAUGCAGUCUCAAGAAAGCACUUCCAAACAGCUCUUUAAUAAAUCAAGAUACAUUUUUCAAGGAGUCUGCUGAUGUGGAGUUUGGAGAAGAUGGCUUUCAGCAGUAUGAUGUCAUUACAGCUCUAGAUAUGGAAGCAAUGAUGAAUGCAGUAUAUGGCAGGAUGAAGAAUAUAGCUGCCUUCCGUGAGGAAGACAUAGCUCAAGAAUAUAAUGACCUUGGCAUCCUAAUAAUAGAAGGGUUCCUUCUUUACAAUUAUAAGCCAUUGAAUGAUGUUUUUCAUCAGCGCUAUUAUAUCUCCAUUCCAUAUGAGGAGUGCAAGAGACGAAGAUGUUUAAGAACUUAUGAACCACCAGACCCACCUGGAUAUUUUGAUGGACAUGUGUGGCCAAUGUACCUCAAAAAUAAAAAAGAAAUGGAAGAGAUAGCAGACAACAUAAUUUACUUGGAUGGAACAAAAUCCCCAGAAGAACUAUUUACUCAAGUUUACGAAGAUAUUUUAAGGGAAGUUCAGAAACUCAAGACAUCUGCUGACUAUUGCUGCUGAUAAUUCCAGUGAACAAAGGCUUACAGCACCGAGCUUCUUUACCUGAAGAAAAUCUAGAGACGCAUUGGAAUGCACAUAACCAACGCUUGGAAGCAAUCUAAUCAUUGACAAACUUUCCUACAGAGACUGCCUAUCCCCAAAAGUUUGAUUUCUACCUUAACAUCUUUCAAAUAAUGCUUUAUUUUAUUAUUGUGCCAGUAUGAAUCAUGACAAUUCCCUAUCUUUAUUAUUUCUUUUAACCUUCAUCUACCAAAUUAUAUUGUAUCAAGCAGUGCAUUCAAUGCCCAGCAAAUUAUGAUUAUGAUGUAAUGGACUGGAUUAUAAUGUGAUGUUUCCUCCUUCAGUCUUUACCUCAGAAUUUCAGGUAGGUUUACCAGUUAAAUAACACGAAGGCCCGCUAUGAUCUCCGCAAAGACUUGAAGGAUUCCAAGAGGCAAUAACGGAACAAACUUGAGUCCCAGUAUAAUCACUCAGACACACGGAGAAUAUGGCAUGGUUCGAAUAAGAUAACUGGUUGCAAAGCAAGGUCAAGCAACAUCAUUGGUGUUAAUGCGACCCAAACUGAUGAAUUGAAUGCUUUUUAUGCUCACUUUGAGCAGAAGGUCAACAGGGUGGUGACACCCAGCCCUUUAGACUCAAAUGCGCCUCUUCCCUGGGUUACUAUUGCAGAGGUUAUGUCAGCAAACAACUUGCCCUGGUUAAGCAACAGGCCCAGAUGGAGUUCCUGGCCGUGUCCUUAGUAGCUGAGCGGACCAGCUAGCGGGAGUAUUAACAAACAUCUUUAAUCUCUCCCUCCUCUGUUCUGAGGUACCCACUUGCUUCAAGAAGACCCACCAUAAUGCUGGUGCUUAAUAAAAGCAAGACUUAAUACCUAAACGACUACGGUCCAGUUGCCUUGACAUCCACUGUCAUGAAAUGUUUUGAGAAGCUAGUUAUGGAACGCAUUAAAUCCAGUCUACCAAGCGACCUUGACCCACUGCAGUUCGCCUACCGCCACAACAGGUCCAUGGACGAUGCCAGCGCUCUAACCUACACUAAUUGCUGGAACACCUGGAAAAGAGAGACACCUCCACAGCCGAGCACUAGGCCAUUAUCUCAAGCACCAUCACUGGCUUCAUCGCUUCCGGCUCCCUGCCCUGCCAAGCCUCCAACCUCAUUGUUCCCCAGCCCCACACGGCCCGAUUUUAUCUUCUCUCUAAAAUCCACAAACCUGACUGUCCUGGCAGACCCAUUGUUUCUGCUUGUUCUUGUGCCACCGAACUUAUUUCCACAUACCUUGACCAUCCUAUCCCCCCCAGUCAAAUCCCUCCCUACCUAUGUCCAAGACACCUCACAUGCUCUUCGUCUCCUCCAUGACUUCAGUUUUCCAGGCCCCCAUUCCCUCAUCUUCACCAUGGAUGUCCAGUCACUCUACACCUCUAUCCCCCACCAGGAGGGUCUUAAAGCCCUCCGUUUUUUCCUCGACCGCAGAACCAACCAAUCCCCAUCUACUAAUAUUCUCCUCCGCCAAGCUGAGCUGGUCCUUACCCUCAACAACUUUUCCAUUGACUCCUCCCAUUUCCUUCAAAUCCAAGGCGGAGCUAUGGGCACAUGCAUGGGCCCCAGCUAUGCCUGCUUCUUUGUAGGGUACGUUGAACAAUCCUUGUUCGAGGCGUACCGUGGCCCUAUCCCCAAACGCUACCUCAGCUACAUUGACGACUACAUUCGUGCUACCUCCUGCACCCAUGCAGAACUCACUGACUUCAUCCAUUUCACCACUAACUUCCAUCCGGCACUCAAAUUCACCUGGACCAUUUCCGACAUCUCCCUACCAUUUCUAGACCUCACCAUCUCCAUCGCAGGUAACAGAGCACUGACCGACAUCUACUACAAACCCUCUGACUCCCAUGACUAUCUGGACUACACUUCUUCCCACCCUGCUUCCUGUGACUCUAUCCCCUACUCCCAAUUCCUCCGUCUACGCCGCAUGUGCACCCAGGAUGUGUUCCAAACGAGGACAUCAGAGAUGUCUUCAUUCUUUAGGGAACGGGGGUUCCUCUCUUUGACUAUAGAUCAGGCUCUCACCAGGGUCUCUAUAUCCCGUAGCUCCGCUCGCUCUCCCCAUCCCCCCCACUCGUAACAAGGACAGAGUCCCCCUUCUCCUCACCUUCCACCCUGCCAGCCAUCACUUACAACAGAUAAUCCUCCGACAUUUUUGCCACCUCCAACGGGAUCCCACCACUGGACACAUCUUCCCAUCUCCUGUCCUUUUGGCUUUCCGCAGAGACAGUUCCCUCCAUAAUUCCCUGGUUAAUUCGUCCCUCCCCACCCAAACCACCCUCUCCCCAGAUACUUUCCCUUGCAACCGCAGGAAAUGCUAAACUUGUCGCUUUACCUCUCCCCUUGACUCCAUCCAAGGACCCAAGCAGUCUUUCCAGGUGAGGCAGAGGUUCACCUGCACCUCCUCCAACCUCAUCUAUUGCAUCCGCUUUUCCAGGUAUCAACUGCUCUACAUCGGUGAGACCAAGUGCAGGCUUGGCGAUCGCUUCGCCCAACACCUCCGCUCAGUUCGCAAUAACCAACCUGAUCUCCCGGUGGCUCAGCACUUCAACUCCCCCUCCCAUUCCGAAUCUGACCUUUCGGUCCUGGGCCUCCUCCAUGGUCAGAGUGAGUCCCACCGCUAAUUAGAGGAGCAGCAUCUCAUAUUUCGCUUGGGUAGUUUACACCCCAGGGUAUGAACAUUGACUUCUCCAAUUUCAGGUAGUCCUUGCUUUCUCCUUUCCCUCCCCUUCCCAGUUCUCCCACAGCCUACUAUCUUCGUUUCUUCCUUUCUUUUUCCCACGCCCACCCCUGCAUCAGUCUGAAGAAGGGUCUCGACCCGAAACGUCGUCCAUUCCUUCGCUCCAAUAAUGCUGCCUCACCUGCUGAGUUUCUGCAGCAUUUUUGUCUACCUCCGUCACACUCCUAUUCAGAGAAUACACCUCUGCCUUUAAUACCAUUAUACCAUCCAAGCUUAUCACCAAAUUCACGGGACUUGGUCAGAAUUCUUCUCUGCAAGUGGCUCCUCGACUUCCUGACCAACGGACCCCAAUCAGUGAAGAUAGGGGACAAAUCAUCCUCUACGAUAAUCCUUAACACUGGUGCUCCGCAACGAUGUGUUCUCAGUUCCCUUGUUUACGCCUUGUACACCCACGGCUGCUCCUCCCAAGUACAAAUCUAACUCAGUUUACAAAUUUGUUGAUGUCACCACCAUUGUGGGCCGGAUAUCAAAUAAUGAUGAGACGGAGUACUGGAAGGAGAUUGAGAACCUUGUGUCCUGAUGUCAAGACAACACCCUUUCAAUGUCAGCAAGACAAAGGAGAUAGUGAUUGACUUCAGGAAGCGAAGUAGUACACAUACCCCAGUUUGCAUUGACGGUGCCGAAGUAAAAAACUCCUAGAAAACUUAAAUUCCUAGGAGUAAAUAUCACCAACAACUUCUCCUGGACCACCCAUAUUGAAGCAACAGCCAAAAAAGCACACCAACGCCUCUACUUCCUUAGAACGCUGAGUAUGUUCGGCAUGUUCCCAACAACUCUCACCAACUUAUACAGAUUCGCCGUAAAGAUCAUUUUAUCGGGAUGCAUCACAGCUUGGUUUGGGAACAGCUCCAUCCAAGACCGCAAGAAAUUGCAGAAUAUUAUGGACGCAGCCCAGACCCUCACACAAACCAACCUCCCUUCCGUUUGCUCCAUUUAUACCUCACGUUGCCUUGGCAAGGCCAGCAGCAUAAUCAAGGACAAGUCGCACCUUGGCCAUUCACCUCACCCUUCAGGUAUAGGUAUAGAAGUGUGAAAAUGCACACCUCCAGAUUCUGGGACUAUUUCAUCCUAGCUGUUAUCAGACAACUGAAUCCUCCUAGCAAAACUAGAGUACAGUCCUGAACUACUAUCCACCUCAUUGGAGACCCUCGGACUAUCUUUGAUCGGAGUUUACUGGCUUUAUCUUGCACUAAACGUUAUCAUGUAUUUGUACACUAUGAAUGGCUCGAUUGUAAUCAUGUAUUGCCUUUCCGCUGACUCGUUAGCAUGCAACAAAAGCAUUUCACUGUACCUCGGUACACGUGACAUUAAACUAACUAAACUAAACUAAUACCUAUGUGCUUUAUGUUCAGGAGAAUUUGGAAACUGUCUACCUUGGCCCAUAUCCCUCUAAGCCUAUCCUAUCCAUGUACCUGUCUAAAUGUUUCUUGAAUGCUGCAAUAGUACUUGCCUAAACUACCUCCUCCGGCACCUCAUUACAUACAC